GUUGGGUAAACAUAACCUAAAAAAUUUUUCAUAAUACAACAAAGUGUGACAAAGUGUAACAAACAACUUGUUUUUGUUAUUAACAAAUUGACAUAUAUUAUUGAUAAAUAAAUAAACAUUAAAAUGGAUUUAAAAGAUAAAAAAAAUAUUGAUGCAAAUGUCAUGGAGCCACUUAAAUCAGCACGUGAUAAAAUUGAUGAAUUAAUUAAACUUUCAGCUGAUCCAGCAUUUUAUGAAGAGCUAUCAAAUACUGAUAAAAUAAAAUUUAAUUUAUUAAUGUCAUUUAGUCUUAAUGGAUUAUAUUGGAUGUAUCUAAGAGCUGAUGGAAAAGAUCCAAAUACAAAUCAAAUAAAAUCAGAAAAUGAACGUUUAAAAAAAGCCAUUGGAAGAUCACAAGAAAUUAAAGAUAGAAAAACUAAAAUGCCAAGGAUUGAUCAAGAUGUAGCUAAAAGAUUUAUUAGAUCUGGUCUUUGGGAACCAAAAAAUAAUCAUGAAAAUGUUGAAGAAGAAAAUUGGGAUUUACAAAAUUCUACUAUGACAAUAGAAUAAAUUAUUAUUAUUAGAUUAAACAAUUAAUAAACAAUUACAAAUAUUUGCUAAAUA